AUGUUCUAUCUAUCUAUCUAUCUAUCUAUCUAUCCAAGUCUGUUCACCCCUCCCUCCUCUAUCUCUCUUUGUUCAUAUCUAUCUAUCUAUCUAUCUAUCUAUCUAUCUAUCUAUCUAUCUAUCUAUCUAUCUAUCUAUCUAUCUCAGCCUGUUCACAUGUAUUUUUCACUCACUCUCUCUCUCUCAAUCUGUUCAUAUUUAUUUAAGUCUGUUCACCACUUUCUCUCUCUCUCUCUCUCUGUGUUCAUAUCUAUCUAUCUAUCUAUCUAUCUAUCUGAUCUGUUCACCUCUCUCUCCUUGUGUCUGUUAAUAUCUAUCUAUCUAUCUAUCUAUUUAUCUAUCUAUCUAUCUAUCUAUUUAAGUCUUCUGUUCACUUCUCUCCUUCUCUCUCUAUUUCUCUCUCUCAGAUUGUUUAUAAAUAUCUACCUAUCUAUCUAUCUAUCUAUCUAUCUAUCUAUCUAUCUUUCUAUCUUAAUCUCUCUUGCAUUCCUUGCCACUAUCCAUUACCCUGUCCCCCCGUUCUCUCUCAUGUUAUCUCUCUCUGUUCGUAUCUAUCUAUCUACUAUUCACUUUUUUUCUUUGUUUACAUCUAUCUAUUUAUCUAUCGAUCUUAGUUUAUUAUCUAUCUGUAUCAAUCUAAGACUUCACUUUAUCAAUUUUUUCUUUCUUUGUAUACAUAUAUCUGUUAUUUACCUUAGUCUGUUAUCUUUCUGUAUCAAUCUAAAUCUUUUCACUUUCUUUCUUUCUUUCUUUCUUUCUUAUUUCUUUCUUUAUAUCUAUCUAUCUAUCUAUCUAUCUAUCUAUCUAUCUAUCUAUCUAUCUAUCUAUCUAUCUCUUUAUACCUGGCCUAAGGUGUAG